AUGGCCGACAACGACGCCAACAACCUAGCUCCGGCAUUUGCCCAGGAUGACGACGAUCUGAGAUUCCUGGGCCAGCGUCCACCACCAUCUCCACCCCCACUUCCACCUUCGCCACCACGACGCCAGCCUUCGCCACCACUAGAGCCAAGGGACCAAGAGAACCCUGCCCCACAUCAUCCAGACCCUAAUGUUCUGCUCCACCACGUGGAGCAGCUUGGUCGACAGAUUGCUGAUCUGCAGAAGCAGGUGCGUCUCGAUCGACGCAAUGCUGCUCAACUGGCUCAGGAUCCUCAAGAGCCUCCUCCAAGAGGGAGGGGCAGAGGUGCUGCUAGGGGCAGGCGCAGAGCUGGGAGAUUCUUGGGGGAGAGAAACGCUCGGUUUGUUCGAAAUACAGCCUAAAUCUCCAAAAUGGUCACGGUCGACUAACUCGGCCAUCUCCGAAAAUCUCCGUGAACUUUCGGGUCAACGGACACAGGUCAGCGCGGCACCCGGAAGAGUCAGUCGGUAGUAGUGUAGAAGUAUCGUUACGAUAAUGGUCUAAAGUGUUCAGUCAAACAGUAUUAUAAACUUAAUAAUUUUGUUCAGUACAUCAACUUGUUGAUUAAGUUGAGAAAUUUCAGUGACUCAACGAGAUAAGGUGAAAGAGACAAUAUCAGUGAAAAUUAGACAUUCAACAAUAAUUGAAACCAAAGAGUGUACCGAAAUAGUGACAAGUGGUUGGAUCCCACGCCAAAUAUAUUGAUAAUUUUAUAAAACUCCUACGAUAAUUUUCCCAACA